AUGGGAGUGCGGUGCGAUGAUGUCGACCUCACUUUGAGGAGUGACACGCCACUAGGAGACCAUAUCAUUGCAACAGAUUUCGCAACUCGGUUCAAAUACCCCUCCAACUUGGAAUCUUAUGAUGGCACCGGAUGCCCGAAGAGCCACAUCCACAAAUUCCAAGCCAUUAUCAACGUUCGGACCAACUUGGAUCAUGUCCUGUGCAAACUCUUCCCCACGACGUUGAAGGGGAUGACUCAGGAAUGGUAUCAAGGCCUCAAACCUAACUCCAUUAUUACUUUCAAACAGUUCUCAGCUUUGUUUCAGGCAAGGUUCGUGGCUUGCAUCCCACAGAAAAAAUAUUUGACAGAUUUAUUGGCGACCAUGCAUAGAGAGGGGGAGACGCUAAGGAAGUACGUGGAAAGAUUCAACAAAGAGGCAAUGCAAAUCGAGGAUCUUAGCCAUGAGAUCGCCUACACGGCAAUGCUGAAUGGGACCGUGAAUCCGGACCUAAGGAAGGAGUUGUUGUCUAAAGCGCCUAGAUCCUUCACUGCAAUAAUGACUAUUGCCCAUACUCAAAUCCAAGUCGAUAAUGGCCAAAGAGAAAUCGCCAUGCGAAAGCAACAAUCCUUAAGCAGCCAAGACAAAUCUCUCAGAGAGGAGGCCUCCAGAGAUCGGAAAGAGUAA